AUGAAUACCUAUAACUGUGCCCAAGUUCUAGCCAUCUCAUCUUCCUUCUGGUUGUCAGGCGAAAUCUUCACUUAUUCCUAUGGCGCCGUGCCUGCCACCCUAGAAGCCACUUCAACAUCCCAGACAUUGGCAGCAAAGCAAUGGGCUAGAUUCUACCACCGCGGACAUGCCAUCGGGCCUGCUUUCGCCUUUGUAGGCGCAGGAUCCUUCGCUUGGUGCGCCUUGACAUCACACAACUUGCUGUAUUGGGGGGCCGCAGCACUCAAUGUCAGUAUUGUUCCAUGGACUCUCAUGUUCAUGGUGAAGACGAAUAAGAGCAUAUUUGAGUUUGCGGACCGGGAAGACCAUCAGAGUACGAAAGAGGAUGACUCGCGUUUGACUGCCCUGCUCAGCAAGUGGGCUACUCUCAACACCGUUCGCUCUUUCUUUCCUUUCCUUGGUGGUGCGCUGGGUUUGAUGGCUGCUCUUUCCUAA